AUGAGUCGUCAGGCUUAUUUCUAUCGUGUUCCUCCACAGGAAUUACAUAGAAGAACUCAGCUUCAGCCUGAGCCAGCAAAGACGAAGGCUCUUCAAACAGUUAUUGAAAUGAAGGAUACAAAAAUAGCUUCACUUGAGCGCAAUAUAAGAGACCUUGAAGAUGAAAUACAGAUGUUAAAGACAAAUGGAGUUCUGAAUACAGAGGAUCGAGAAGAAGAAAUCAAACAAAUAGAAGUUUACAAGAGUCACUCGAAGUUCAUGAAAAAUAAGAUUGACCAACUGAAACAAGAACUCUCAAAGAAAGAAUCAGAACUUCUUGCCUUACAAACUAAGCUUGAAACCCUUAGCAAUCAGAAUUCAGAUUGCAAGCAACACAUUGAAGUGCUUAAAGAGUCACUUACUGCCAAAGAACAGAGAGCUGCCAUACUUCAGACAGAGGUUGAUGCCUUGCGGUUACGAUUGGAAGAAAAAGAAACAUUUCUCAAUAAAAAAACAAAACAACUUCAAGACCUCACAGAAGAGAAAGGAACCCUGGCUGGAGAGAUUCGGGAUAUGAAAGACAUGUUGGAAGUAAAAGAAAGGAAAAUUAAUGUCCUUCAAAAAAAGAUUGAAAAUCUACAGGAGCAACUUAGGGACAAAGACAAACAACUAACUAAUUUAAAGGACAGAGUGAAGUCAUUGCAGACAGAUUCUAGUAACACAGACACAGCACUAGCCACCUUAGAAGAAGCUCUAUCUGAAAAGGAAAGAAUAAUAGAACGCUUGAAGGAGCAAAGGGAGCGAGAUGACAGAGAAAGACUUGAAGAAAUUGAAUCUUAUAAGAAAGAAAACAAAGACUUAAAGGAGAAAGUUAAUGCUUUACAAGCUGAACUGACAGAAAAAGAGUCUAGUUUAAUCGAUCUCAAAGAACAUGCAUCUUCAUUGGCAUCAGCAGGGCUGAAAAGAGACUCCAAACUUAAGUCUUUAGAAAUAGCCAUAGAACAAAAGAAAGAAGAGUGUAGUAAGUUGGAAGCACAGUUGAAAAAGGCUCAUGAGGCUGAAGAGGAGGCACGGAUGAAUCCAGAAUUUGCAGACAGAAUGAAACAGCUUGACAAGGAGGCAUCAUACUAUAGAGAAGAAUGUGGCAAAGCUCAGGCUGAGGUUGACAGACUUCUAGAAAUUCUCAAGGAAGUAGAGAAUGAGAAGAAUGACAAAGAUAAGAAAAUUGCUGAGUUAGAAAGGCACAUGAAGGACCAAAACAAGAAGGUUGCCAAUCUGAAGCACAAUCAGCAACUGGAGAAAAAAAAGAAUGCACAGCUGUUGGAAGAAGUUCGUAGACGAGAGGACAAUAUGACAGACAACUCUCAACAUUUACAAGUAGAAGAACUGAUGAAUGCAUUGGAAAAGACUAGACAAGAAUUAGAUUCUACCAAAGCCCGUCUUGCCUCAACACAGCAGUCUUUGGCUGAGAAGGAAGCACAUCUAGCUAACCUAAGAAUAGAGCGGAGAAAGCAACUUGAAGAAAUUCUAGAAAUGAAGUAAGUACAUUGCUUUCUCAAAUUUCUAGGAAAACUAAUUUUUUUUUUCCUAAAAGAGUGUUUUUCUCACUGUCUAAAUCUAUGAUCUCCUAAUAGCAGGACCGAA